GGGCCCCGGUUGUCCCAUGGCAGCGAACCGAGGCAGGGAUGUUUACUGUACUCCCUCCCCACGGCUGGUGUCUAAUGUACGGGAGGAAACGGCUCCCACUGCCCGCGGUGAACUGAUAUAUUCUCUGUAGUAGUUAGCUUGAGGUUCAGUUUAAGUUCUGAAGAGGUGAAGUUGUUUGUUGUUUUCACUAACGUGCGCGUGUCUGCUUGUUGGGGGUUCGUCUCUUUAUUGUAUUUUCAGUCAUUGCUAAUAUGCUAACAGAAAAAGUUUAUGCUAGUGGCUAACCGAACUGUACUUACUCUGCAGCUUGUUUGGAGUGAAAGUCAGAAACCUGCGGUGUGCACUGUGGGCACUGCUGAAGGUGGCUCCAUGUCAACAGAGAUAUGGAGAAACUAAGUAAACUCUGACCACCGGUGUUAUCAGCACCAUCAUCGGGAAUUCAAGCAACCAUUUCAUCAUCUUAUCUCGUUAUUCUUACUAGAUAAUAUCUGGAUGUAAGUUGGCUUACAACAUACAUGUAAACGUGUCAUUAUACAGGAUGUAACCAGGAAUAAUAUCCUGAUCUAGACCUGUUUGGGCACCUACAAAAACCUAAUACUGAUACUGAUGCUUUUGUAUUACAGUAUUAUGUUCUGUCAGGCUUUCAAGAUUCUUAGUUACGGGUGUGCAUGUGAAAACACUGACGCUUGACUGUGAAGUUUAAUGUGCCGCAACAAGCUGAGACUCAUUCUUUUGAAUCAGCCUGGAUCUUUGAGCAUUCCCCACCCCGUGUAAAUGCACGUAGUUAAAGGCUGCACAGGGAUUGACUGGAUUUUGGUCUAUUAAUUCCAUCUUCCUGAUGCCUCUCUCAACACUGAUGCAUCACCCUGCAGCCCGAGGGCCUCGAGGAGCCUGUAGGAGUGCAAAGGAAAAAACAAGGAGUAGUUAACUCUCUUUCUUUAUGUGGUGGUGCAAUUAAAGGCUGUUUUGAUGAAAGGGCUUCAGUCUGUGUCUGCUCUGCAACUCCGUAAUGCAGUAAUAAUCAGCUACAGAACUCUGUGCUCCUGAGGACAAGUUUUCAUGAAAUGGAUGUGGGUUUCCUAUCUGUGACCCAGAGGCCAUGCUGACAGGGGGGCUGAUGGGAAAGUCUUACCUCCUGCAACACCCACCCGCUCCGCUGAGAUGUCCCCAGGUGGAGUGAAAUGUGGAUAACUGUGUGAGCCAGGGGAAUUCAACGUUUGAGCCAAGACAUCCUCGCACAGAGCCAAAAAGAAAUCUGUUCUACUUUACACAAAAUACACACACACACACACACCCUCCCUCCCGAUCAGCCGUCACAAUGCUGAUGCCAGGACCACUGUGGGUGUGCCUGGCACUGAUAUGGGUGAGAAUGUGUGCUGCCCACAGCCUGUUUACCUGUGAGCCGAUCAGAGUGCAUCGGUGCUUGGGGGUGCCUUACAACAUGACCUUCUUUCCCAACAUGAUGGAGCACUAUGAUCAGGAUAUUGCAGCCAGCAAUAUGGAGCCUUUCAUGCCCCUGGUAAGCCUCCACUGCUCUCCAGACGUCCACCACUUCCUAUGUCAAGCCUUUAUCCCAGCAUGCACUGAGGAGAAUAAAGUGAUUCGUCCUUGUCGAGAGCGCUGUGAGGCAGUUCUGUCAGACUGCAAGGAGAAUAUCCGGAUCUUUGGCAUCACAUGGCCUCCUGAGCUGCAGUGUGACAAAUUGGAUUCAUGUAGCUCCGAUGAUGGUUCUACUCCUCCUGCAACCACGCCAGUGAUCUCCUCAUCAGCUAUGAGGGACCUGGGCUUCUGGUGCCCUCUGCAGUUAAAGACCAAGCCAGGCCAGGGCUCAUCGUUCCUGGGCGCCCAGGACUGUGCUCCGCCCUGCUCCAACAUGUACUUCAAACCUCACGACAUUGAGUUUGCAAAGAGCUUCAUCGGCGUGUGCUCCAUCAUCUGCCUGUGCGCAACUCUCUUCACAUUCCUCACUUUCCUCAUUGAUGUCAAACGUUUCCGCUACCCUGAGCGGCCCAUAAUCUUUUACGCCGUCUGCUACAGCUUCGUCUCGCUCAUAUACUUCAUCGGGUUCUUGCUGGGGAACCAAGCAGCCUGUACCAAGGCAGUGCAGCCUACAGGUGUGGAUACAGUGGUGCUCGGCUCUCAAAGCAAAGGGUGCACUUUGCUUUUCAUGCUCCUCUACUUUUUCUCCAUCGCUGGUAUUGUCUGGUGGGUCAUCCUCACCAUCACCUGGUUCCUGGCAGCUGGACCCAAGUGGAGCUGCGAAGCCAUAGAGAAGAAAGCGGUGUGGUUUCACUCUGCCGCCUGGGGGAUCCCCGGGGCGCUAACUGUCCUGCUACUUGCCCUGAACAAGGUUGAGGGGGACAACAUCAGCGGGGUUUGUUUUGUGGGACUUUAUGACCUGGACGCCCUGCGCUACUUUGUUCUGGCUCCGCUGUCAGUUGGCGUCGUAGUCGGCCUCUUCCUCAUCCUGGCAGGCAUCGUCUCUCUCAACCACGUGCGACAGGUCAUUCAGCACGACGAGCGUAACCAGGAGAAGCUGAAGAAGUUCAUGAUCCGCAUCGGUGUGUUCAGCUGCCUCUAUCUGGUCCCGCUGGUCACUCUGUUAGCCUGCUACACCUACGAGCAGAGUCAUCGCAGCGCCUGGGAGAAAACCUGGAUCAACGACCGCUGUCAGGAGUACAGCAUCCCAUGUUCCUACAAGACAACAGAGAACGACCGUCCUGACCUCUCUCUGUUUUUGGUAAAAUACUUGAUGACGCUGGUGGUGGGAAUAUCUGCAGUGUUCUGGGUCAGCAGCAAGAAGACAUGCUCUGAGUGGGCCUACUUCUUCAACAGGACCCGCAAGAGAGAUCCCAUCAGCGAGAGCCGCCGGGUGCUCCAGGAGUCCUGCGAGUUCUUCCUCAAGCACAACAGCCGCGUCCAGCACAAGAAGAAACACUACAAGCCCAGCUCCCACAGGCUCAAAGUCAUCUCCAAGUCCAUGGGCACAAGCACGGGCGCCGCUCCCACCAACGCCUCCCCUGUCGCCAACACCACCAGUAAAGGAACCUCUGCACUGGGCAACCAUGAUCCCCACAUGCAAGGUUCUCUGUCUGAGGCCUCAGCCAGGGAGCACCUGGACAGGGGCACCUUGAGCCGAAGCUCCAGAAGAGGGGAGAGGGACAGAGAGAGGGAGCGGGGAGAGAGACGCAGCAAAGGUGGAGGUUCCAGCAAGUUCAGCAGCCACUCAGAGAACCUGCAUCCAGAUGGGAGGAUGAGUCCAAGGAGCGAGCUGUCAGAGGCCAGACAGGUUCCCAUUGGACAGCAACAUCCAGCGAUAAAAAAAUCACACAGCAGCAUCAUCCAGGACUCCACCCACCAGCUGGUGCACCAGGUGCCUGAGGAGAGCAAGGACACAAAGGAUAGCAGCUGCUGAGAUAUCUGAUCCAUCCAUCCAUCCAUCCAUCCAUCCAUCACAUCCAUCCAUCCAUCCAUCCAUCCAUCCAUCCAUCCAUCCAUCCAUCCAUCCAUCCAUCCAUCCACCCAUCCAUCCAUCCAUCCAUCCAUCCAUCCAUCCAUCCAUCCAUCCAUCCAUCCAUCCAUCCAUCCAUCCAUGAUACCACUGAGAACACAUGUUGCUGGUUGAUGUUACCUCUUUGUGUCGUAUUAUACAUCAUAUUAUUGUAUUGGUUUCAUUAUAGUGAAUGUUCAUCACCAGCAAAAUGUAUCAUACCUUGAGUAUUUCAUAUGUGGUUCAGUGAGUUUUAGCAGAGAUCUAAAGGUGUUAGGUGAAUUUAGUUUGGGUCACAAUAAUGUCUUUCAGCUUUACUGAGCUUUUAGCCUCACACACACAGCAGUGCAGCUCUGUCCCAACUUUAAAACCACCAGUUUGAUUUUAAAGAGUACAUCAGCUCUACUGUUUUGUACAUUGGUAGCUCAGAAGCAUAUAAUGCAUACUAGUUAGCACAAGAAAUAUUUAUCUGCAUCUUUUUUUGAAAGUCUUUGACUGGACUAGUCGUUACACUGAGAGUUUUGUUAGAAUGAUGAUGAUGAUGAUGCCAAACAUUGAGCAUGAGGAGAGACUUCCUGUGGUUAACUCUUAUUGAAUGUCUUAUUGUUCCUUGUGUUAAAGGUGUUUUUUCUUGAAACCUCAUCUUUUUUCUUCUUCAGAGAGAAGCAUACUCUUAAACAUGAUUUUUUUAAAAAGUUUUCUAAGAUGUUCUUUCAUUUUAUGUUUACCUCCGUUUUCCUACAUAUUUGUGUUGCGUAAACACAGAUUCUGCCAAUUUUGGCCUCUGUAAGCGUUUCAAAGAUGUGAAUCUGGAUCAAGUAUUUGAGCUUUAUAGUUUUCUAAAAGAAUGUGCCUUCCUCUUCCUCAAAGAACCUACAGAUGUUUUGCAUGUGUGAUGUCUACCUGGGUUCUCGUUGUAGGCGUUAAGUCUUAUGAUCUUCAAGGAUAUUGAAGAAACAAAUCAAACACGCUUUGCAAUAUUUUUCAUUAGAAGCACAAACCACUACUUUUAAAGUAUGAAUAGUCAUAAGCAAUUAAUAUUGGAAAGGUUCUGGUUUUAUUUUUAUAACACAUGGGUCACAGAUCAUACAGCACUCCUUCGAGAAGUGUGUUUUAUUAGAACAUGUGUUGUGCUGUAGUAUUUUGCCAUGUAAGGGACCGAUUCUUCCCUCAGCGUUCUUUACCUUUUAUAUUUGGGAGUCACGUGAUAGUUCCAGGAACACUUUUGAAAAGGGAAUCCUCGUCAGCCUAUUUCUACUGUAUAUUCUUACUCUGGCAUGUGGACUGGGGUCUUGCAUAUGAUAGCGGUGUCUAUUAAAUACUCUACAACUGGGGGUUUUCAAAGUGAGAGAAUGGGGGCCUCAGACAAAGCUGGGAAAGAGGGGCCUCCUCGCCCCAACUAAGUUUAGGUAGUUUUGCCCAAUUUCCUUUUUUCUGUGACUACAAAAUCCAUAAAUUCCCACUUAUAUUCCCUGAGCCUUCCUCCCACUUUGAAAACCUCUGUAAAUACAGUUCUGUGCGCUGUUUUUUAUGUAGCCUGUCUUUUCAAUCCAAUUUUGUAUUUGUAAUUUCAUUUUGAUAAAAUAUUGAAUAAUAAAAGAUUGAAUUUA